CCACUGUUCAACCAAGCAAGGAGGUGGACGCCGCUGAUGACUUUACAUUCAGUACAUUGUCAGACUUGGACAUGGCCGAUUUGGGUGUUGCUCCAUUGUCUGCCUCAGCACUUCCAACCUCACCUGCACCUCAAACAUAUUCCAUCAUAUUCGACAACCUGGACUUUUACGUUCAGACGCAUCAUCAGUCCACCAGCCAGACCAACAAGUCAAUUCACUGGAUCCACCACAUGUGUGUCAUCAACAGAAUCAACUCACUACACCUUGACAAGUUGAAACCGACAAAUUCUUUGAUUGACUAUGAUCUCGGGAAUUCACUUCCUGGACCAGACACACAAGCCAGUAUGCGUCGGGAAUUCGUUGUUUUGGGGAGCCGAAUCCUGACAGCUUAUUUGGAAUCAUUCAAGACCCUCUCCAGUGUGGUUGUUCAACAUAUCCCCCACCAGUUCUCUGAAGAAAUGGCCCAGCCAUCCACUCAUUAUCCACUUGGACUUCUAUUCAAGGACGAAACACAAACUGCCGACCUGGUGGAUGUGCUCCAGCACCUUCAAAAGGAGUAUGUGCCAAGAUGUCCUGAUGGGCUUGAAAAGAUUUUGAUCGGGGGUGACAGACUGACAGAGGCCAAUUCCCGGAAUAUCCAGUUGGCGUUUGCUGAUGGGGAGACGGAGGAGGACCGCCUGGAAGGCCUCUGUGUCAAAUAUGAAGACUGGCACGCAAUUCGAAAACUCUUUGAGAUAUAUCAUCAGAUCUUCUUUAGUGAAGAAUCUGCCAAAGACCAUGGCACACUCCACGCCAACAUGAAUCUCUUGAGGUAAUCAAUCACUAAACAUCAGAAACCAUGUGUUUUCAGAUUAAUGUCAGAUUGACAUUCAUUACUGUGUAUGUAUCUUAUUGUAUAAUUCUUUUCUCUCUACAUUUCUUCCCCUAAAGAGUAUCUUCGCCAACCAUGAAGUUGGCGUGGACUUAUGAACUGUGUGCAUGUUACCAAGA